AUGGAACCAAUGAAGCCACACAUUGCGCCACUGAAGAUCGAAAAGGGAAACUCCAAUUUCUACUCCAAUCGCUUCCAUUCUACUCAGCAUCAGCAGAUGACUCCUCCUUUAACGCCAUCCAACACGAACAGAGACGACAGUAUGGAGCAGACGGAAACUCCGCGAGCCGUCUUCCCUAACUACUUACGCGCCUUCUACCCUUUUCAUCCAUCCGGGGACGUAUCACCCGCUACCAUCACCCUACCAUUAGAUCAGGGGGACGUCAUACUAGUGCACUCAGUUCAUACAAAUGGAUGGGCAGAUGGCACAUUAUUAGAUACCGGUGCCCGGGGCUGGCUACCCACUAACUAUUGCGAGGCUUACGAUCAGUUACCAAUGCGUCCGCUCCUGAAAGCGUUGACGGACUUUUGGGACAUCAUCCAAGGCGGAUGCGGCUUCCCUCUACGCGAAUUCUGCAAUCAGGACACCGUAAAGGGCCUGAUUGCUGGAGUGCGCUUUCUACUAGAAAAAUCCGAGUGUCUCACUCGUGACUCCGUUCUGGUAAGAAGCCAUGAUGGUCUGCGUAGGAACCGCAAGGCUUUGCUUGCAGAUCUCUCCUCCCUAGUCCGGACAACGAAGAAAUGCCAGGAAAUGCCUAGUAGCACCAAUGGCACCGAAGACGAGGUGUACAUGAUGGACGAAAUGCUUCUGAAGGCAUUCCGAAUCGUGACUCGCGGCGUUCGUUUCCUCGAUAUUUGGACCGAGGAAGUGGGCCUGAGCCGGACCAUCGCGGAGCUUGGCCAGGCAACACAUUUUGACAUCCCCCCAACUCCCAUGUCUGAGACAUUCGCAUCGGAGGCUGAUACGGAACGGGGUGAAUCCCGGCUGUUGAACCGCAGCCGAUUGGAUAUGAGUCGUGCAUCUAACCGAACGGAUACGAUGGAGUCGCAGUCCCACCGUCCGGUGUCCGUGUUAACCAAGCGGGUCUCCCACCGAGUGUCGUGCUCAGCGCCUGCUGCGGCCGCCCGAAACCCGAACCUGGCUUCAGAAAGGUUGAACACCACAUACGAUGCGUUUCUAGGAGUCCUGGGCUCGUUCAUUGGCCUUCAUCUGCAGUCACGUUCCUCGACAGAGCUAGUAGUUACCACGGAACAGGCGGUGCGCUCAUGUCGAGGUUUGCUGACCGUCGUCGAGGCAGUAUGUGAGCACGACCCACAGGGAUGCGGGCUUCUGGAGCAAGCUCGCGACACCAUGUAUGAUCGACUUUCAGAGCUUGUCUAUGCCGCCCGGGAUGCCUUCCGACCCGCUCAUUCCGCAGAUGACGAGCUUAUCUUCAUGCCAGAUGAAGGCAAGCGUCUCGUUGACGCUGCAACCGACUGUGUCAGAGGGGCAGGAAACUGCUUGGCGAAGGCUCGCUGGAUGCUGGAGCAGAGUGGCGAUUUUGAACUUGAAACGAUGUCGCAGGACUCUAGCGCUGUUAAUGACCUCCAGAGCACACCUAUUCCACAGCGAACCGGGAGCCUGGCAGGGGACCAGAAAGAUGUUUCCUUGCGCCUCCCUCCUCCCCCGCUUGAAAUUCCCGUGAAGAACCCACGCGAUUCCACCUCUACCCCGGGCCUUACUGACGCCGCCACCCCGUCUUCCUUUAAUUCACGUGCAUUAGCUACUCCAACCACUGAUAUUACCGAUCAUCCUACAGCUAUGCUGUCCACCAGUCCGGACAAAACGUCUGUCUCAUUGAUGCAGGACGCUCAUGUGGCAGAUAGCAUCCAGUGUCGCGACAGUCACCCGCGAUCUGAAGUCAGCGAGUCCUUCGGCCGCGGCAUCACUAGCACCGGGAGUAGCUUCACGUACAACAGCCAUCUCCGUGACUCCGAAAUGAGCGGGGUAUCCCAGACAUCCACCCGAGCCACCUCUCCGGACAUUUGCAACAGCUACCAAGCCCCCUCGCUCCAUGGCAGUCUCAGCCACUCUACCCUGGCCGAGGAGAACGAGGAGACGGAGGCCAAUAUCUUGGAGAAGACCUUCGCUCAUGAAUUGAUUUUCAAAGAUGGUCAAGUUAUGGGUGGCAGUCUUCGCGCCCUGGUGGAGAAGCUCACAGCCCAUGGGUCGACCCCAGAUGCCAUGUUCGUCUCCGCCUUCUACCUCACUUUCCGUCUCUUUGCAACUCCAAUGGAAUUUGCCGAUACCCUCGUCGACCGGUUCAUCUAUAUCGGCGAUACGCCUCACGCUGCAGGUCCCGUUCGCCUUCGUGUCUACAAUGUGUUCAAGGGAUGGCUCGAGUCCCACUGGCGCCAUGAUUGCGACAACGUGGCACUGGACUUUAUAAUGCACUUUGCCAAUACCACCUUAAUGCAGAACCUUCCUUCUGCAGGAAAGCGCCUGGCAGAGCUCGCGGAAAAGGUCUCGGCAGUUCAUGGUCCAGUGGUGCCCCGGCUGGUGUCUUCCAUGGGAAAGACCAACACUGCGACUGCGCAAUACGUACAUCCGGAUGCUCCGUUGCCACCGCCCAUCCUUGGGAAGAAGGAGAAUAAUCUCCUCAGACAAUGGAAGAACGCUGAGGGUAGCCUCAGCAUUCUGGACUUUGAUCCGAUGGAGCUCGCACGGCAAUUUACUAUCAAGGAAUCCCGCAUCUUUUGCUCUAUUCUUCCCGAGGAGCUUUUGGCAACAGAGUGGAUGAAGAAAUCUGCAUCAUUAGCUGUCAAUGUCCGUGCAAUGUCUACGUUGUCGACGGAUCUCGCGCACCUGGUGGCGGAUUCCAUCCUCCAGUUGGAGGAGCCCAAAAAACGAGCGGCUACCAUUAAACACUGGGUGAAGAUUGCCAACAAGUGUCUGGAGCUCGACAACUACGACACGCUGAUGGCUAUCAUCUGCUCCCUGAACUCGUCAAUGAUAUCUCGUCUCAAGCGGACUUGGGAAAUUGUAUCCCAAAAGACCAAGACAACGCUUGAGUCUCUGCGGGGUAUUGUUGAUGUAUCGCGCAAUUACGCGGUUUUGAGACAACGACUCCAGAACCGUAUCCCUCCUUGUUUACCUUUUCCGUUGCGCAGCCUGCCUACCGAAGACGGUGAGAUGGCAGUGAUCAACUUUGACAAACACAUGAAGACAGCCAAGAUUAUCAGUGAACUACAGAGGUUUCAAAUCCCGUACCGAUUGACUGAAGUGCCGGAAUUGCAAGCUUGGAUGCAGAACGAGUUGAUCCGGGUGCGGUCGAGUGGCGAGAAGAGUAUGCAAACGUUCUAUCGCCGGUCGUUGGUGCUGGAGCCGCGUGACCCACCCCCAACUCCACGCUCAAUUCCUCCUCAACCCGAGUCGAGCGCAUCGUCUAUCCUGGAGAAUGCCAAGGAUAAAUUCGACUUCCUGUCUUGGACACACCCGUCAAAGGCCAAGUCGGUAGCGACUAAUGGUUGA